GUCACUGGGCCGCUGCCUGCUGCGGAGAUGCUGCGAGGGGCUCGUUGCGUUCUUCUUCAGGGGUUGGGGCCCGGGAGGCGGCAGCCGCUGCUGGGAAAGGCGCUGGACGGAGCUGCUUGGAUUUCUGCGGGGUUAUCGCCGGCCUCAUUCGGUCAGAAUUCAAUGGAGCGCUGAAAGCACUCCAGAUAUCCAAGCAGCUUCACAAUGAAUCUAGCUCGACUCGUCUGUCGUCACAAAACAGCCCUUGGUAUUGCCACCUUGUCCUUGUUUGCACUGAUGUUACUUUAUUUAGCUAAAUGCACGUCAGAGACAUUGAAAUCUCCAGGCUUACCUCAUGGGGUUGAAAGACGGGCAGACGAUCAAGGUCACAGCAGAGCCAAAGGGGUCUCAGCCUUUCUUGUGCUGUUGAUCACCACUGGCCCAAAGUAUACCGAGAGGAGGAGCAUCAUCAGGAGCACUUGGCUAGCCAAUCGGGACCCAGAAGUACUCCCUUACUUUGCCAUCGGCACUAGUGGGCUUGCACCAGAGGAAGUUCAAAACCUGGAGCAGGAAAAUAGUCGGCACCAUGACCUACUGCUACUCCCAGACUUAAAGGACUCCUAUGAGAACCUUACCAAUAAGAUUCUUCACAUGUAUGCAUGGGUGGACCAGAAUGUGGAUUUUAAGUUUGUCCUGAAAGCAGAUGAUGACACUUUUGCCAGGUUAGAUAUAAUUAAAGAAGAACUGAAGGCAAAAGAGCCUAAGAAACUGUACUGGGGUUUCUUCUCUGGACGAGGAAGAGUUAAGUCCACUGGAAAAUGGAAGGAGAGCAAUUGGGUACUGUGUGACUAUUAUUUGCCUUAUGCUCUUGGGGGUGGGUAUGUUCUGUCUGCUGAUUUAGUGCAUUACAUUCGAAUUAACAUUGAUUAUUUAAAGGUUUGGCAGAGUGAGGAUGUGUCUUUGGGUGCCUGGCUGGCGCCAGUCGAUGUCAAACGCCUGCAUGACCCACGGUUUGACACAGAGUACAAAUCGCGCGGAUGCAGCAACAAGUACAUUGUGACGCACAAGCAAAGUAUCGAGGAUAUGCUGGAAAAACAGCAAACACUCCAAAGGGAAGGAAAACUGUGCAAAGAAGAGGUAAAAGUAAGACUGUCAUAUAUUUAUGAUUGGUAUGUCCCACCAUCCCAGUGUUGCCAGCGAAAAGAUGGCAUACCCUGAUGUACAACGUAGCCCUGGCAAGGAGGAGUCAGUGGGACCUGCACAGAGAAUUCAGAAUGGUGGAUUGGCUGUCAAUGCAGGAAAUUUCUCUUGAAAGGAACUCCAGCACCUGUUAUCAAUACUUUGGGAGCACAUUGGUCUUUUUCUAAUUGCAAGUCUGAGAUUUGCACUUGUAUAAGUAGUGUUUUCUUCCAAAAAGCACAAAGUUGCUGUUCUUCCUGAUCAGAGUAGAGAAUAGCUCAUUGUAGUGCCAAGAAUUCAAUCCCUGUCUGAUUACCUUCAGAGACAGAUUUACAUUUUUCUCACUCUUUCUCAUUGUUUCUGGGUUCAAAAGGUGCACUGAAGAAUACCUGGUGUUCACUAAUUGAAACAAUGAUUACAGAGGUCCAUGGGUCCUAUUGUAGUUGUAUUUAAUUGCACAAGAGUCUAAAACUCUGGAAUUUGUCUAACUUAGCAACAGUAAAUGUUAAUAUAUUUGCGUGUAUGCAUAUGCAUCUGUAUGUUUGUAUAUGGGUAUAAAUUAACACAGCUUAUUUGGGUAGAAGCCUUUGGCUUGACUCUGAGCCUUGCAUUUUGUCAAUUUGUUCUUGUCCGUAUUGCAAAGUUAGAAUUCACCCUCAUCUGACAAAGUAGUCAUUUUCACAAGUAAAAUUUACCAAAUAUAAAAUUGGUUUUUAGCUCAGAAAGCAGCACAUUGUUGUUUUAAAACAAAAUUUUGGAACCUGGGGUAAUUUGCAUUAAAACGUUGCAAUAGUGAAAUAUUAUCAAUACAUCCAACUAAAUUUGCAUGGCAAAUGCAGAUUCUUGAAUGCUGCUGUUGCAUGAUCUGCUGGCAUUAUUCUGCUUUACUCUCUGACCAAUGGCAGAACUGUUUCAUCUUUAAACUACAGCUCUGCUGGGCUUAGAAAAAAAAUGUUUUGCUGUUUUAACUUUGAGAUCUCACUCUCCCAUUGAGUUUACUCAAUUAUCUAGAAACACUGGAAUCCACAGUGAGAAUCCUUUCAUGUAGGGUUUGUGCUGUGCUGGUUUUCAAUGCAUGGAACUGUAAAAUAAAAAGUGUGAAUUUUAUCCUUUUAAUAGCUUAGGGUGAUUAUGAAAAUGUUGUUGUUAAGUGGCAUUUUGGGGAACUUUUUAAUGCAAAUAUCAUAACAGGCUUGGUGAAUCCUGUAAAUUAACGUACUCCAUAGAUUUGAGGAUAUAAUUUCCUGCUAUUACAAGGAUAAGUUUAAAAUAUUUCAGACAUUUUGCAAUUCCACGUGUGCUUGCAAGUAGCCAAGAAUAUUUGAAAUGGGAAAAGAUAGAGAAUAAUGACAGCACAGAGAAAUCAUGUGAAAACAAAAUACCAACAAGUUUUAAAACCUGCGGCACCUUGUAUAAUUUCUGUGUGGAAGUAAAAUGAUUUUUCAAAAUGUUGCCAUUUCUUCUCAAAGCAUUUGGUAAGGUGCAUCAGGUUUGAUGCAGUCUGAACUGAGUUUUCAAUGUUUCCUGACUGAUGCCAGCAAUGUCCAGUGAUUGGGGCAUACUUCUGUUAUCUGGUCUAAGAGCAUGUUCAGGUUACUGCCCUUCAAUUACAGUAUGGCCCAUUCACUGGUGCAAUUGGAACCUUGAGUCCAACACAGCAGAUAACCAUCAUGAAGGGGUUGCAGCACAAACCAGCACCAAUUGAAAGUAAGACCUGGUAAGUUACUCUUUCAUUAGUCAGUGGGUAAAUAGAGGUGACCAUACUCCUUGUAAACUCACAGUUCUGGCCUUCACCUUUAGUGCAGGGCUGUGAUUAGUGGUAAUUUCAAAAACAUAGCUAGUCAUUUGGCUGAAAGAUGCUGACAGCAACACUGUUUUGGAGGAGUUUGAAUUUUUUUCCCCUCCCCAAUUUUGAUCCAGAACUACCUAAGAUUUUUUAUUAUUUUGGUAAAAUAUCUUGGAGUAAAUGAGGUAUUUAUUAAUUAGUAGGAAUACAAUUAAAAUGGCUAGGUUCAAGGGGGAAGGUUUUAUUCUGGAACAAGAAUGGUUCUCACAAUUGGAGAAAUGACAUGAACAAGUGGUACAGUGUGUUCUACAAAUCUUGAUGGAGGGAACAUUUUACUUGAAUGUAGAUCUGGGAGUUUGUAAAUUAAGAAGGUUAAUAUUUGCUCCAAAUAUGUUUUUGCUUAUCCAAGGAGGUCUUGUAAAUCUUAACCCAGUUCUCUUUUAGCUUUUGAAAAUAUUAAAAUAUGUACAAAUUUAACUUGCAAACGCAUUGAGUCUUAAGCCAGCCAAUGUACAAUAUACCUCUCGUGGAGCUGUGUCAUUCACUGUGCCAUUAGGUUGAAAUUUCCUCUUGCUGUAAAGCACUUUAAAGAGUGAACCAUAUGAGUGAGUAAAAAUUAAAUGUAAUUUUAUUUCUUUUCUAUGAAACCUGCAAAUCAUUUCUUGUAAUAAAGUACUGGUUAAUCAUGCUUGACAAAACCUUCCAUCCAGAAUGACACUAAGAUAAAUAACAACAACUUCGCUCAUUAUCAGCUUAUGGUGUAUUAAACUUGCCAUGGAUGUUUACCUUAUUUGGGCAUCACCUUUCUUUAAUGCCUCUGACAUUUCAACAGAACUUUCCUAUUAUAUACUUUAAACUUGCCAUGGAUGUUUACCUUAUUUGGGCAUCACCUUUCUUUAAUGCCUCUGACAUUUCAACAGAACUUUCCUAUUAUAUACUUUUACCAAUCAAGCUAUCUCACCUACCAAUGCACUACCAUUCAAUGGAGGCUUUCAAAUUCCAGCAGCUGCACAGCCUGCUGCCUGCAGCAUCACUAAUGCACUCUGAGGGAUGUUGACUUACUGGAGCUAAUUGCCAAGAUGUUCACCAUUGCUAUAACUUCUACCAGGAACCUCAACAAAAAGAAAAAUUGGACAAAUUAUGUGUUGUGCUUGAAAGUUUCCAUAUAUGGAUUAUAAUGGAGAUUCUGCAUCAAAGAAUGCUGAGCUGAAAACCGAUCUCUUGACAGAUCUAUUGCAUAAGAAUGAGCUGUUGGAAUUGGAACUCUUAUUUCAGCUGGAUUCAGUUAAAAACUAUUAACCUUGCCUCUGUUUGUGCAUGAGUUCUUACUGUCUGACUGCUGAAAAAACACACUUCCAUUUUCAGUCAUUUGGUUGAAAAUCCAGUACUUGAAGUUUUAUUUUCCAUAGUAUUUUGGAUGUUUUCUAUGUGAAUUGUAGAGUUACGGUGAUGCAUUUCAAUGUUCAGUGUAGUGAAAGUGUAGAAAGUUAAUAGUGGAUACCAAUAUGUAGCCUUUAACAGUACCACAAUUUGAGUAUGCAUUUUAGUACAGGAAAGGUAUUAAAUGCAUUUUUUUGAAAUGUCCUUUCAUAUUAUCAAUACUGUUCAUUAAUUAAAGUCAGUGGUCCCCACUUUGGUCGAAAGCCCCAUUUAUUCAAACUUGAUUAAAAAAAAUACAUGUACCUUGCCCCCAUAGAAGACUGAUGAUGGCACAGACUGCUUCUGUGUCAGAGUUGGGGCAGACUGGGGACUUUCAGGGACAGAUAGCAGAGGUACAAUCAGGGCAGCUGAUGUGCAUAAUUUUUUUAAUAUAUUGAAAAUCAUCAAACUAAAUGCUGUAAAUCUAUCAAAAGACAAAAAGCAAACAUGGAAAAGGAGAGAAGUCUUAAACCUGAAACGUUAACAUUUUUUUUCUCGGGUUGGGAACUAGUGAUUUAAAUCACCGAGGUGUUCAUUGUGACAUACAAGGAACUGAUGCCGUUCCCAAACCUCAGUAAUUAGGAAAUCACAACUUGUAUAUAAAGAAACAGAACUGGACAUAUUUAAAAGUUAAAGAUACAAAUUAGUUAUCUAGGAUCUUCAGUGUCAGAUUUCUCAUUGAAUUAUAUUGCUCAUGCAGUUUAUGAAGUCCGAUCCAUGUUAUUGCAUCUCUAAUAUGUAUAUUGCAUAUUCAAAAUUCCUUUUAUCCCAUUAUUUACAUUUAAACCACACUCCUCUUGAAUCUCUUGAAUACUGCUGAGUUUUGUGCCCUUCGUGGCCAUCAGCUGCCUGUCAGCAUGCUGCUAUUGCUGCUGCACACGUCAUUCCAUAUGGGAUAGAAUAGGAGGUCUGCCUGUGGGCAGCAUGUGGCCAUGACCACCAGCCAGCUGAAACCUGUAACAAACCCAGUUGGCUAUGCCCCUGGUUAGUCCUUCACCAGCUCUGAUUACUAGACUUUGAGGGUGCAGGUAAAUCUGCUUUGAAGCAAAUUCUACAGAAGUUUUGAUGUAUUAUGCAGUGACUUUAAUGAACAAAUUUAAAAUAUAAUGCUGUGUUUGUUGAAAAAUGCUGGAAUCAUGAAGAAAAUGUGACAAGAUGAUAAUGUUUAAAUACUUGUAUUGUGAUCAAUAAAGUAAAACUAAGUAUGUACACCCAU